UUUUAGGCAUUUUGAGGUUAUAUUGGUUUGGUGUUUGUUUGCAAUCAAAUAAUUGUAUUUCUGUGAACUUACAGCUACAAAAGAUUAAAUAAUGGCAAAGCACCACCCAGACUUGAUAUUUUGCCGAAAACAGCCGGGAGUUGCUAUCGGAAGGUUAUGCGAGAAAUGCGACGGCAAAUGUGUCAUAUGCGAUUCAUACGUGCGUCCCUGCACACUGGUUCGUAUUUGUGACGAAUGCAACUAUGGGUCAUAUCAAGGAAGAUGCGUUAUUUGUGGAGGUCCCGGCGUCUCAGACGCGUACUACUGUAAAGAAUGCACAAUACAGGAAAAAGACAGAGACGGAUGCCCAAAGAUUGUGAACCUCGGCAGUUCAAAGACUGAUCUAUUCUAUGAGAGGAAAAAGUAUGGCUUCAGGAAACACUAGCAUCUGGUGUGUGUGUGAUGUGUGCAGACUUCAGGAAGGUGACUUUUUGUGGUUUACCUUUUUAUGAUUUACUUAGGAUAAUUUAUGGACUCUAUUUCAUUUAUGAUGAUGUUGUAUGUGAAUUCCAACCAUUAUAAAAUGUGUUACAGACAUUUUCCUAUUAUAGUAUUCCUUGUAUCUGCUAUAAGUAAUACUGUAAAUAAAAAUACUUAAAAUGGA